AUGGAACGAAGGAACAAUGUAACUUAUUUCAUCCUCUUGGGCCUCACACAGAAUCCAAAAGAGCAGGAAAUCCUUGUCAUUAUGUUCUUGCUCUUCUAUAUUUUGACACUGGUGGGCAACCUGCUCAUUGUCAUGACUAUAACUGUCAGUAAGACCCUGAACUCACCGAUGUACUUUUUUCUUGCUAGCUUAUCAUUUCUAGAUCUAAUUUAUUCCUCUUCUAUUUCCCCCAGAUUGAUUUCAGACUUGUUCUUUGGGGAAAAUACCAUGUCCUUCCAUUUUUGCCUGACCCAGCUCUUUACAGAACACUUUUUAGGUGGAUCAGAGGUCUUCCUUCUGUUGGUGAUGGCCUAUGACCGCUAUGUGGCCAUCUGUAAGCCCCUGCAUUAUUUGGUUAUCAUGAGGCAAAGGGUAUGUGCUGGGCUGCUGGUGGUGUCCUGUGUUGGAGGUUUUGUGCACUCAGUAAUUCAACUUAGCACUAUUUAUGGGCUCCCAUUCUGUGGUCCCAAUGUCAUUGAUCACUUUAUGUGUGACAUGUUCCCCUUAUUGAAACUGGUCUGUACUGACACCUAUGUCAUUGGCAUCUUAGUGGUCAUCAAUGGAGGACUGAGCUCCGCUAUUGUUUUCCUGCUCUUGCUCAUAUCUUAUGGAGUCAUCUUGCAUUCUCUGAAGAACCUGAGUCCGAAAGGGAGGCAGAAAGCCCUCCAGACCUGUGGUUCCCACAUCAUUGUGGUUGUCUGCUUCUUUGUUCCCUGUAUUUUCAUGUAUGCAAGACCUGCUAAGACCUUCCCCUUUGACAAAUCAUUAAGUGUGUUUUAUACAGUCGUAACACCAAUGCUGAACCCAUUAAUCUAUAGUUUAAGAAAUUCUGAGAUGACUAAUGCUAUGAAGACUCUCUGGAGAAAAAAAUGCGGAUCAAGUAGUAAAUAA